ACCGAUGGCAUUUCGUUGACUUUAUCAUGCCAUAAGUACGGCACUCUUCCGUUGCAGAAAUUCGUGCUGAAUGCGUCGCUUUCGUCAGAAACUUUUAGGUUGCCGCCGGUAUAUUCUGAGAGGAUUCCGUGUACUCUCGAAGCAAGGUCGAAAAAUCCCGAGGAAUCGAAUCUCACCGUUGCUGGGUCAACUUCUCAAAUCCUGUUCAAACUUGUAGACGAAUUCAUGUGUCCUCAUCCUAUGGGCUUGAAAUUCUAUCCUUUAAUCGUUCCUCUUGGAGAAGACGGUUUAGAAAAUGGUCAAUUCCGACUGACAUGGACUGUUCCGGCAGUAGGCACAGAUUUCAAACCGUUUCCAGGAUCUGACUUGGCAGAAAACGGAUAUGACGAAGAACGAAAAGAAGCCUUCAGUCCAUGGACCCGAGCA